AUGGUACCUGAUGGUGAUGUUUUCACACCUCCAACAUAUACAUCUGAUCGGAGCCGUUCACCAUCGAUGAGUCGCCAACGUCAAAUUGACUAUCAUUAUCAGCAUGAACGUUCAACAUCACCAGUCUCGAUUCCGUUACCGGAUAUCGAGACUAUGCCAACACCAUCACAAAAACGUAAAGUUGAUCCAAUCUCAAUCGAAAAACCAUCAACUCCGAAAACCACAUCGUCCUCAAUACUGAGCAAUACAGGCAUUAAUCGAGCUGCAUCACCGUCCAGGGAAGUUGGUGUCUCAAAGUUACGUACACCUACUGUACCCUUUGGUAGUACGUCGAGCAAGAAAAAGCCGAAGAAAAGUAAAUCAAAAAGUCGUGCCGAUGGAAAAACUAGUUCAUCGACAACGAUUAAUAAUUUAAUUCAACAAAAUCCACUUGGACCAAGUCGAUCAUGGACAAGUGCGUACGGAUCGCUGCCCGAUGUUGAACUCGUCUCCGAUAAUGCUUUAAAAACAACAACAAAACCAUCGAAACAAACAAAUAAAGAAUAUCCGGGAUUAAGUGCCAUAGUUCGACAUCAUCAGCGUCCGACAACAACCUAUUACAAUGAAUAUCCACCUCCAAUAAGAACAUCGGAUUCACAUCGACCGCGACGUUUUGAAACAUCAACAACAACAUUGAAUGAAUACGAUCAAAAUCAGCCGUGGACUCAAACGCCGAUUUAUGGUUCAGGGCCAAUUAUUUCCUCAACGCAACGUCACGAUGGUUAUAUUCGCCCAUUAACUCCUCAAAUACCAAUUCUCCAAGCAGAUAUCACCAUCACUCAUGUUGAUCUUGGCGAUACGCAUCGUCAAACUCCGUCGAUUCGACCAACGUAUCAACAAGCACCCGAAUCUCCAGCAACCUAUCGUAGUUCGACAACGGUCUAUACAAAAGAUAAACAUCGAUAUGUCGAUGGUGGUGAAAUUCGAACAUGGAGCGUUCAAGAUAAUGGUAAUCAAAAUGAUUACAGUACUUCCUAUCAAAAACCAUAUACAUAUGUGGAAAUCGAUCGAAACACUACUCGACAAACGGCGAAUCAGUAUGAUCAUCAAAUCGUUCCGCCGAAGAUUUCGAAUAAUUUGCAAGAAUAUCGAUAUAGUCCUCGAAUGCACGAACGAGAAGUUUAUGAAAAACGAGAAAUAAUUGCUGAAAGUAGAGAUCAUGAAUUCCAAGAAGAAGAAGAAUGUUACGAAGUUUCAUUCGAAUACGAACGUGAACAACCAAACUAUUCGUAUGAAACAUCGAAAUAUUACGAUGAAUUACAUUCAGCCAAUCGAUAUUCCAGUACGAGUGGCAUCGAGAAGAAAGCUUAUACAUCUCUUAAAUCUGAACGAGAUCAAAUCUACGAUCAAACAUCUCGUUCAUAUCAACGCACACAGGAGACUCGUUCGACCGUGUCUCCUGUUCGAGGUUCUUCUCCACUCAUUCGUACUUGUACUCUAAAACGUACAGAUUCUUAUGAUGGUCUUGGUAUCUUGAUUUCUGCCGAUUCACAAACUCGUUUGAAUCAUUAUAUUCGCGAAGUUGAACCGAAUUCUCCAGGUCAUUUGGCCGGCCUGCGUAAAAACGAUCGUAUUCUUAGCAUCAAUGGUAUUAACGUUGAAAAUGUUGACUUUAGCAACGUUCUCGCUCUAAUAAAACAAGGUUUAGAUAAUGAUAAUCUUCAAAUAUCGGUCGUCGAUGCACCCGAACAUAUCUGA